AUGUCGGAAACCCACGACUCCGAGGAAGAUCUGGCGUGGGAGGACGUGCCUAUCAAACACAAGCACGUGCCGAACAAUCCAGAUGUCAACAUAAUCAUGGAUCCUUUCCUGACCCUGAAAAUGCAUCCUACCAGCUCGGAUACACACCUUGUUCGGCCUCCACCCGACUUCCCGCCGGAAGACAUGUGGGUAGCCAAUCCCAUCUCCCUGCCGCCGCAGCGGGAGCAGCCUAUCCCGGCGGGCUCGGAUGAGGAGACCCAGACGCGUAACCGCCUUGAAAAAGAAAUUGAGAAAGUCAUCUAUCGCGCUUCGAAGACCAGACUGGGUAUUCGUGUCAGCAACGCGCCGCCGUCUCAGCGUGCCUACGAAAGCUACAAGGAACUGGCGCUGGAUAUGGACAAGGUCAUUGACAAGAUCUGGGCCUGUGGAACCCCUUCUCUCCAAGUCUGGCCCUUACUGGGUGUCGCAGAUCAGUGCACCGCGUAUCUCAAGUACUUCUGCUUCGACAGCUACUACACUUUGUGGCUGUUCAACAAACUUGACGUGGUCUUCUCCUCCUUAAUCACCGGCGUGCACCCUCUCACCGGCGAUCCUCUUCCAGGCAGCGAAUCCGGCCAGCCCUUAGUGAACCAGACGCUGAGGGUUCGCAUUCGAAGCGUGGCCGAGCGAGGCCGCGCCACUGUCCUGUCGCGCCUCCCUGAUAACCAGGCCGAGGAACUCUAUAACCCCCAGCUGGACUUCCCGGACCCAUCCCAGGACGAAAUGGACUUCUACAACCGUGACCGCAAGCUGGAUUCUAAUUCGAGUGGCGGGGUGAGUCGCUGGUACCUUGAAGCGAGCGCCGUCUACGUCAAGACGAUCACCCUGCUGGGGGACAAUGUCUUUUCGAACGAGACUCAGUAA